AUGCGGUCGCUUUCAAUCCUCUUCGGCCUGCUGGCUCUGGCCAUCUCCAGUGUCUACGGGACAGCCUUGACAUACCGACUCGGCGCCAAUGAGAAAGCCUGCUUCUUUGCUGCUGUCGAGCGACAGAAUGCCAAAGUCGCCUUUUAUUUUGCUGUCCAAUCCGGCGGCUCGUUCGAUGUCGAUUAUUCGGUGUACGGCCCCAACGAUAAGAAAAUAAUGGAAGGAGAGAAAGAAAGACAGGGCGAUUUCGUCUUCACCGCGCAGACCCCUGGCGAAUAUCGAUUUUGCUUCAACAACGAAAUGUCGACGUUCGCGGACAAAUUGGUGGACUUUGAGGUCGCCGUCGAAGAUGAGAACAAGUCUGCUCUCCUCCCUCAAAAGGCCGGAUCGUCACCCGAACAAACCUCUGCACUGGAAGAUAUGAUCUACAAGAUCAGUGGGCAGUUAAGCACAGUCAGCAGGAUGCAGAAAUACUUCCGGACAAGAGAGAACCGCAACUUCAGCACGGUCAGGAGUACGGAGCGGAGAGUCUUCAAUUUCAGCAUGAUCGAAGUAUGCAUGAUGGUGGGUAUGGCUGGUCUGCAGGUUUUGGUCGUUAGAUUCUUCUUCCAGGGUGCUCGAAAAGGAUAUGUAUAA